AUGGUCGUGGAGCUAAACAGUGGGGGGGGGGGGGGGGGGGGGGGGGAAUAUAUAAAUAAAUUAUUUUUUUAUGGGGGGUGUUUUUUUUUUUUUUUUUUUUUUGGGGGGGGGGGGGGGGGGGGGGGGUUUUUGGGGGUUUUUUUUUUUUUGGGGGGGUUUUUUUUUGGGGGGGGGGGGGGGGGGGGGGGGGGGGGGGGGUUUUUUUGGUUUGGGUUUUUGGUUGGGGGGGGGGGGGGGGGGGGGGGGGGGGGGGGGGGGGGGGGGGGGGGGGGGGGGGGGGGGGGGGGUUGUUUGGAUGUGGGGGGGUGUUUGGGUGUUUUGGGUGGUUUGGGGAAUGUGAAAAGAUGGAGAUGUGAGGGGGGGAUUGGGGGAGAAGGAGAUGUGGGUUAA